AUGUCAAUUAAGAUAAGAAGAGGUGAUGAUUAUUAUAUACUAGGCCAUGAUUUACCCACAAUCUUAAAUACUGUAAUUAUCCCAGCGCCAAAAUUAUCAAUAAAUUUCAAAAUCUUUAUUAACAACCACCAACUAACAGAAGAAGAUUCUGACAACGAACUAUUUCAACUUACGUCAACAAAAUUUCAUAGCUUUUGGAGCAGGUGCAGGUACUCAAGUACAAUUGAUGUUUCAGCAGAAUCCGAGUACUCAUUUUCAGUUAUUUGUCAGGACCAGAUAUUCUUAGACUCGAAUUCAUUAACUAAAUUAUCAUCCAUUGAUAUCUCAUUGACUUGUUUAACAUACUCACUAAACAUACCAUUAAAAGAUCUACUAGGUACUUUCAACUAUUUAUUGACAUCUUGGUUCAUAUCAGUUGAACUACAAUACCCCUGUGUAUUUUCCAUAAUUGGUAGAAAGUUCAUCGAAUUGAAUUUAUAUUGGUACAAAAAGAUGAAAUUAGAAUUUUUGAAAGAUUUUGGAAUAAUCAACUCGGAGAAGGUUAUACCACGAUACGUUGAUAUUAUAAAGGAGAAAUUUACUACUUCAAGUUUAUUGAAAGAUUCUAGUUCUUAUUCUCAUGUAUAUGAUCAAGAUCUGUCAAAAGUUAGUGAUUUUUCUAGUAUUGUUAGAUCUUAUUCAUUAAAUUUGAUUGAUCUAAUAGAAAUUGAAUGA